AUGGUGGCUGAUUCGCCGUCAAACAACCAAGCGAUCGAAAAUUUUAGCUCUGAUGGUAGCAUCACAGUUCAUGCCGGUGAAAGACUGGGUCGCGGUAUUGUUACAGAUCCAAUAACUACCCCAGUAGUUAACACAUCUGCCCACUUCUUCAAAAAAACUGCUGAUCUCAUUGAGUUCAAGGUCCUUGCAGGUUGUAUUAGUGGCUCUGAUAAAUUGAUUUCAGCAGUUCGUAACUUGCAUUACAUUCUGGGUGAUGCUCUCAACCCGAAAUGCUGCAAAUCUAAUCAUCUGAGGCUUGAAGACACUGCAUCUUCCCGUGCAGCAGCAAAAUUCAACUGCAUUAAGGAUGAGAUUUUAGAGGCACAUCCCAAGGUCAGGCGUUUCUAUUAUCCAGGCUUGCCAGGAUAUCAAAUUGCAAAGCGGGAUCUUUCCCCAUCAGAGAGAGCCAAGUAUGGGAUCAUGGACAACUUGGUUCGUUUCAGCUUUGGAGUUGAAGAUUUUGAAGACUAA